AUGGAGAAGCUCCGUCUCCCCACCUUCAAAGGUCUCUCUGACCAUUCUACUCACGUCACGUAUUUCAACAUAGCGAUGCAACGCGCGAACCUAACCAACGAAGAAAAAGACGCCGGCUUUUGCCAACUCUUCGUCAAAACCCUAGAAGGACCCGCCCUCACUUGGUUCACCGGCCUCAGAGAGAACUCCAUCGACUGUUUCCACGACCUCUCGGCGGCCUUUCUCAAGAACUAUAUCAUGUUCACUAACCAAGAAGCGACCGUAUCAGAUUUGUGGAACCUCACUCAUGCCAACGGCCAAAGCCUCCGCGACUUCAUGGAGAAGUUUAAGGCUAUUGUCUCGAAGAUUGAUAUUCCGGAUCAUAUCGCCGUUGAAUCUUUGAUGAACACCUUGCACGUCAAAUCCUCAUUCCGUCAGGAUCUCUACCAAUACCCGACAAAAUCUGUCUCUGACGCCAUUGCUCGCUCUCACAACUUUAUCCGCAUGGAAGAAGACACAAGAGCGAAGUUCACAAAAGAAGCGGCAGCAAAACAGCAACCCGCCCGAACAAAUGACACCCGCCCCGAGCCCGAACAGCACUCCUCCGGUGGAAAGACCACUCAAAAGCGAGGCUACGUCAGCUCGGUUGAUGAUGAGGAAUCCCCAAAAUCAGCAGCUGUCAUGCGAGAAAAAGGCUGGAACCACUGGGAUCGAGAUUCCGCUCAGAAGCAGUUAAGUUCAUCCGAACCAGUGAGCUCGAACUCCGAGGAACCGAAAAAAUGGUGCCUCUACCACAAAAGGGAUUCCCAUGAUACGAAGGAAUGCAAGGUCCUCAUCGGGCAGUUUUUCGACGAAAUCACCAAUGGGACAAUCCAGAUGCCCGCUUCUCCACAGACACCAAAAAACAGCAAAAGCUGGAGCAAGAAUAAGGAGAAGAAGGCCCAGAAGUCUCAGAAGAACACGCCCCAGAGCGAGGAGAGAGCAAGCCCUGAGCGCGCGCCCGUCAACAACGUCGGCCCCGCCGACGAUUCAUCAGAAGACGAACAUCCGCGUCGGCGGCGACGAGUGGAAGUCAUACUCUCUCGACCUUGUGACUCCUCCGAAGACGACGCCCCGACAGCGCAACCAGAUCUGCGCGAUAAACUGAACAACAAGGACAAGCAACCUCUCGCUCCCUCGGCAACAGACGGAGACCUACGCACUCUCCUAAAGCGAAAGAGCGCCACGAAGACAAACACAGGAACCGCCGACCUCCGUGCGACCAUCUCAAAGAGCAACGCCCAGCGAGUCAGUCAAAUUAGCGACCUUCGUGACUAG